CUUCAAUCACUAAGCAUCGCUAAACAGCAAUAAUGAGAUUCCUACCGAUUGCAUUUGCUGUGAUUGCAGUAGUCCGAGCGGCUUCUCUGCCGGCUGACUAUCUGCCGCCUGUUGUGGAUAACAGUUUGCCUGUACAGGAAUAUAUAGCACCAGCUGCUGAAUCAUCACAAGAUCAAACCAUACUCACUGAUGAUGGUUACCGUUACAAGGCUGUACAUCGUCUGAAAUUUCGCCAUCGACGUGAUGUCAACGAGCUUCCGGAAAAUGAAUAUCUACCUCCAGCUGAGGAGGUACAAGAGAGCGCCGUAGUAGAGGUCACUGAACCUGCCGCCGAAGUAGAAACUGAAUUGGCCGAUGAUGGUUACCGUUAUAAGACUGUCCGCCGAUUGAAAUACCGCAAGCGUCGUGAUGUUAACGAGCUCCCUCAAAACGAAUAUCUCCCACCCACAGAGGAAGCCCAUGAAAGUGCCCUUGCUGAAGAAGGCACCGAAUUAGCAGCUGAUGGUUACCGUUACAAGACAGUUCGUCGUCUGAAAUACCGCAAGCGUCGUGAUGUUAACGAACUCCCACAAAAUGAAUAUCUCCCACCCACCGAGGAAGCCCAAGAAAGUGUCGUUGCUGACGAAGGUACCGAAGUGGGUGCUGAUGGCUACCGUUACAAGACAGUUCGCCGUCUGAAAUACCGCAAGCGUCGUGAUGUUAACGAACUCCCACAAAAUGAAUAUCUCCCACCCACCGAGGAAGCCCAAGAAAGCGUCGUUGCUGAAGAAGGUACCGAAUUAGCAGCUGAUGGUUACCGUUACAAGACAGUUCGUCGUCUGAAAUACCGCAAGCGUCGUGAUGUUAACGAACUCCCACAAAAUGAAUAUCUCCCACCUGCCGAGGAUGCCCAAGAAAGCGUCGUUGCUGAAGUUGUUGAAGAGGCCGCUGAACCCACUGAAUCUGCUGCUGAAGAAGGUACCGAAUUAGCAGCUGAUGGUUACCGUUACAAGACAGUUCGUCGUCUGAAAUACCGCAAGCGUCGUGAUGUUAACGAACUCCCACAAAACGAGUAUCUCCCACCCACAGAGGAAGCCCAAGAAAGUGCCAUUGCUGACGAAGGUACAGAAUUGGCUGCUGAUGGUUACCGUUACAAGACAGUUCGUCGUCUGAAAUAUCGCAAGCGUCGUGAUGUUAACGAACUCCCACAAAAUGAAUAUCUCCCACCCGCCGAGGGAGCUACUCAGGAAUCAGCUAUUACUGAGGUUACUGAACCCACUGAGUCUGCUGCUGAGGAAGGUACAGAAUUGGCUAAUGAUGGUUACCGAUACAAAGUGGUGCGUCGUUUAAAAUAUCGUCAUCGUCGUGAUGUGAAUGAGCUGCCAGCUAAUGAGUAUUUGCCACCCACUGAGGAAGGUCAAGAAGUCACAGAGCAACAACCCCAAGAAGAAACAGCUGUGCUUGCUGAUGAUGGAUAUCGGUACAAAAGUGUGCGUCGUUUAAAGUAUCGUCGUCAUUAG